GUUGGGCCACCCAGGUCAAAAAGUUCUGGACACACCCCUGUUUACAUGGAGUUAUUAAUGAUAAUCUACAAGAUAAAGAAGGGGUCCGUGCCCGAUGAAUCAGGGGCGGUGAUCCUCACUUCCGAGCAGGUGUGCCAGCGCAUCUUUCAAGAGGUGGAUGUGAACAACGAUGGUCAGAUCACCCUGGAGGAGUUUGUGGAGGGGGCUCAGAGGAGUGCGUGGCUGCAGGGCUUCCUAAAACUUGAUAUCAAUCCCAAUGGAUAUGUCCAGAAGUACAUGUGUGACCGGAAGCUGGAAGCUGGCAAGGACUCAUGAAGGGGGUCGAUUUAUUCAGACAAGCCAAGUGGAAAGGAACCUGCUGGUGAACUGUGAGCCCACAGUGUGUGAGAAGACUCAUCAUGCCUUCACUGAGAUGCCACUGUGCUGACUCUGUCGGUUCACCUUCCAAUGGUCAUGAUGAUCCUGCUCACUGGGAACGAAUCAAGAGCUUGUCCAGAUACAGGACAUCUGUGGAGUUCAACCAACUUUGUGGCCUCACAUUGCUUUGAAAUAAUUGUUCCAUGUUUUUGUACAUGAUUUUAAAUACAUCCUCGAACUAUAGCCAUCAGCAGCAGACUGUGUGGCAUUGCAUUUUCCAAGAGCUACAAGAGAUCAGUCUCAUGUUUGAUGUAUUUGUCUCAUUUGGAAACAUAUAGAUUACAUAACUAAGAAACAGAGGCUGCCUGUUUAAAGGGGUCUUAAAGCAACAGAGCAAAGCCCAUCCAGGAAGUUCGUGACCGUGCAAGAGAAGAGACUUAAAAGGUCAAAGAUGGAUUUUCAAAUUCACAACACUGGUAUAAAGCCAUGCCUUUAAAGGUUUGCAACACGCCAAGUUAUUAACAUUAUCAGGUAACUUGGAAAACUCCUUAAAGUGGUGAAGUGGCCCUUUAAAUUAAGGGCUAAGCAAAUAUCAAUAAACAUUAAGUGUCAGUACUGCUUCAGUAAUGGUUAAGCCAUGCAAAAUAUUCUUUAAAAAGUCAGCAUGGUAUUAAACUUUGCCUUUUUUGCACGACUGAGUGACACAUUGAAACGAUGACGAUGACUCAUCGGGUGAUUUUUGUUCAUGUUGAUGUUUGACGGCAGCCAUGAUGUUUGCUGCGUCAUUAAUACAACAUGUUAGAUCAUUUUAAGGUUUAAUUCUGAAUUGUUGAUUGCAUUCAUUUAUGACAUAUAAUGUGUAUA